CCUUUUCCAACAAUUCAGUUCCUUCGUUUUCUUCAGUCCCAUCUCUUCUGCAUUUUCCCCCUUGCGGGCCUCAAUCGACAACAACAACAACAAUAACACUAUCGCUACGCCUCCUCUUCCUCCUUUCUUCUUCUUCUUCCCCUUCUUCUUUUUCUUCUUCCUCCCCCUCCCCCUUCUUGCCUCCUCCUCCCAAAGCAGAUCCGCCGCAUCGUUAGGUUAGGUUUCUGGGCAUCAUGAUGUUGUUGACGUCGGCACUGUCGGCCUUGUGGCUGGCCACGGCGGCACACGGUGCUGUGCAGCAAGAUGCAGAGGGCAACGUGAAGAGCAUUGGACUCAGGACGCAUAGCUUGAACCAGCCAUACUUGGACUCAGACACGCAAAGUCGGUGGUAUGACUUUGGAGGAGACACCAUUAUCCGUACAGACCAGUACAUUCGUCUCACAUCCGACCGGCCGUCGCAGAUGGGCAACCUUUGGUCCAAGGUGCCCUUGACAGCAACCAACUGGGAAAUCGAGGUCGAGUUCAAGAUUUCCGGAAAGAACCAGCUCUAUGGCGAUGGGUUUGCCAUGUGGCUCACCAAGGAGCGCGGGCGCGAGGGGCCUGUUUUCGGCAACCAGGACAAGUUCGAGGGUCUCGGCAUCUUCUUCGACACGUACAAGAACAACCGGCCCGGCGUCGUCUUCCCCUACGUCAUGGCCAUGGUGGGCGACGGACGGACCUCCUACGACAAGGACACGGAUGGCAAGAACCAGGAGCUGGCUGGCUGCUCGGCCCGCGGUAUCAGGCACGCCAACGUGCCGACCAAGUUCAAGCUGUCGCACUUUCAGGACAAGUACCUAAAGCUCGAGCUGCAGUACAAGAACGAGGGCGAGUGGCUCCUCUGCUUCGAGACCAACCAGCCGCCCACGAUUCCUCCCGUGGCCUACCUCGGCUUCACGGCCGAGACGGGCGAGCUUAGCGACAACCACGACAUCAUCUCGAUCAACGCCAGGAACCUCUACACUACCGCACCGCCGACCAAGUCCACCCCUGGUAGCGGCAAGGGCAAGAAGGUGACGGAUCAGCAAGCUGAGGGUAGCUGGACCUGGUUCCUGGUGAAGACGCUCUUCUUCUUCUUUGCGGUGGGAGGCGCCUAUGUCGGAUACACGGCGUACAGGACGAAGCAGCAGCGCAGCCAUCGCUUUUAAGGGGUAUGACAUGUGGGGAUCAUGAUGGGAUGGGACGGUGGUGGUGAAUCGCGAUACGCAAUCGAGGAGAAGAGAAAAAAAAGAGGAUGAGGAUUCGCACAUACAGUUUCUGCAUUGGCGCGGGUGGCACGGACGGUCUAUUUUCUUUUUUUCUUGGUUUUUGGGUGUAUUUUGAGCUUGCCCUUCUACAGAAGAGGCGGUAUUCCAAGACGACUGCCCUUUACUCAUUGCGACGGUCAAAAUGGGACUUUUCUUACAUCUCUGCC